AGACUAAACCAACAGACAGAGGAUCAGACAGUGGAGUAGAACAACCCCAGACCACAGACAGAGCAGCCUCGUCUCACCGGCAACAGAUCUGAACACAGAGAGGGUUUAUGCUUGGAUUACCACUGCUCCACACACACACUGACACAUACUCAUACACACACACACUGACAGACAUACACACACACACACACACACACACACACACACACACACACACACACACACACACACACACACACACACACACACACACACACACACACACACACUCACUCACACUCACACUCACACACUCUGAAGGAGUCUGUGCUGCUGAGUAACUGGGUCUGGUGUGUGUGUGUCCUGGUGCAUCGGUGUGUGUACCAGUGUGUGUAGCGCGGUGUGUGUCGGAGGACGGUGGUAUGGCGCGCUGGGAGAGCCGGUCGUGGAGUUGGUCGUUAAUGAUGUCUCUCCUCCUCUCUCUGUCUGCUCACGGAGACCUCUCAUUGACCACCGUCAGCAGGACGGAAGUCCAGCACAGCCAAUCUUCUUUCUCCGCUGUAGAAAGGGCGGUGCUUAUCGGUGAUGACUCAGCAGAGCUGAUUGGUUUAGGGUUAGGGCUAGCGGCUGGACUUCCUCUCAGUGCCAUCAAACGCAAACCCUCUCACAGAAGACACUCCCACUUGGACUUCACUGAACAGGACGAUCAGCCAAUCAGAGAAGAGCUAACUGGCGGGGAAUCUCAGGAACGCUCAGAUGAUAUCAUCAAGGUGGAGUUCCAUAACCCCGACCGCCCCUUGACCCCUGACCUCUCGUCUGAUUCUGAUUGGCUGACGGCUGUAGUUCAGCCCCUGCAGCAGCGGGCAGGAGACCCCACAGCCUGGACUCUGUCAGAUUUCUACGACUACUUGUCCCCCGAUGACGAACUCUCCACCAUAGACACAACCCUUGACCCUGAUCCGACCCUGACCCCUCUGGCAGACAUGGAGGAUGAAAACCCAUCGCUCACUGGCUCCCCUGUCCCCAAUGUUACCCCUUACAAUGAUGACCCCCAGCCACCCUCUCAGUCUCAGCCCCCCUCUCAGUCUCAAUCCCCCCCCCCUCCUUCCCCUCCUCAGGGGUCAGAUGGGUGUGGUCUGGGCUUUGUGAGGUCAGAGGUCGGGGGUGAGUGUGUGUCUCAGUGUGACGCACAGCCUGACUUCUGCUACAACAGAGGAGUUUGUACCAUCGCUACUGGAAUGGGAGCAUUCUGCAGAUGUAAUGUUCAGGACUAUAUGUGGAACAAGGGCUCUCGUUGUGAUUGGGUGGUGACAGACUUCCAGGUGCUGUGUGUGGUAGUGGGUGUGGCCUCUACGACCCUCAUCCUACUCAUCAUCAUCAUUGUCUUCUUCGCCAAACGACUCCACCGCCUGAGGAUUGAGAACAGGCGACUCCGCAGACGCAGUAUAUACCGUCCACACAGCGAGAUGCAGACUGAUGGCUUCUCUGUUUCCACGGCGCAAGAUGGUUCCCAUGCCAACGUAAGGAAGUUGUGUGACUCCCCCCCGCCCCCCCCUCAACCCCACGCUCACAAUCUGGCUUAUUAUGACAACAUUAUCUGUCAGGAUGACCCUCAGAAAAUGGAGGACCCUGUAAAGUCUCAAUUCAUUCAAGGGGAGGAGUCUCUGAACAUCGCCAACUCUCAUUCGCCCAAACAUAUUAACAACCGCCCUGCCCACUCCUCUGACCACACCCCUAACACAGACCAGGAGGUAAAUAGGGAGGAGGCAAACUCCUCUCACUCCAACAACAUAUACUAAAUCAUUAUUAUGAUUAAUGUAAUACCACCAUGCACAUAAGGGGAACCAUAAUACUGCAUACAUCUACUAUACUAUAUUAUUCUAUACUAUAGCUGGGUUCCUGGAGAGGGACUGUUGAGCCCCUUGACUCCACUAGAAGCUAAAAGGACGAAAACACAACUAUACUACAAUAUACUGUACUGUACUGUAUUAUACUAUACUGUACUAUACUCUAUACCUUACAUAACAUGUUGCACCACUACUGACCACAUGGGGGCGAUGCUACUUCUUCCUUGCGACACCGAGCUGCAUCACUGUAGCAAUCCUGAACUAAACUGUCUAUGGCUGGACAAACUCUCCUCUCCCACAAUGUCCUGCUCUAAUCUCUGACCUUAGAACUCUGACCCUUUACUGCUGUCCUCCCUUCUCCCACUGUCCGCCUUAAGUCUGAGUCAAAAAUAACAUUCCCUUCAUUGUGCACCACUUUUGGCUAGAGCUCUGGUCAAAAGUGGUGCACAAUGUAGGGAAUAAGGUGCCAUUUCCGAUCUUUACCCUUCUUUUUGUCUGCAUGCACUGCUGUUUUCUACUAAAACAGCUCUUUUUGGAAAAUCAUUAUAAACAAGAUUGACCAGAAAUACAAGAGAAACAGUUGAGAUACUUUGAUGUUUGAUAUGAUCCAGUGAAUAUGUCUCGGUCUCAUGUAAAGUUACUGUGUUGUCUGGCUUGCUAACAUUGAUAUAUUUAUGGUUUCUAUUGAUGCGGGUUAUAACCCUUUGAUGAAAUUCAAGGUUUGGUAUUUUUGGGGGGAGAACACAUCGUUAUAGCAUCGGAACCAGAGUUGUUGAAAUAAAACUUUGUAACUUUAAA